AUGACGUCCGAGGAUGAUAUUCGUGUGGGAUUCGCCUAUGCUAAUGUAUCUAAUCCUGAAAUUUGCACCAAUGAUUGUUGGCCCGGAAAGUAUGGCGAAUACAAAACUAGUACCGCGCUUCAAUACGAUACGUUCUAUCGUAAGGUCGAAGCAUGGGGGUAUCCUGCGUUGGCAAAGCGACCUAAUCGUUCAAAUGAAAUUGUUGCCGCAUCCAGGAGUUCGGAUGUGUCUUUUAAUAAUAGCGGUCCAAUGACUGUUCCCAAACCCGUGGAAUUAUUUAAAUUACAUUUGGGAGAUUUGGGAAAAGGCGAAAAGCCGAUAUUGCCGAAAGAAAUAAGUUAUAAAAGAGCCAUCACAGAUUAUUUAAAGGAGAUGGUACUCACGGUACCUGCAGAAUUUAAUAAUCAAGCAAAGGCAAUUAUGAGGCAAUGCGUAACCGACGCUGGAUUAAUUACCAAGAAACUGGAGUUUACGACAGAACCGGAGGCUGCUGCUAUCUAUUGUAUGAAAUUCUUUAAAGAGCAGUUUACCAACUCCGUUGGAUCUUUAUUCCUAACUGUUGAUAUUGGCGGUGGAACUGUUGAUUUGACUAAGCGCAAAAUGCGUGAUAAGCAUACACUUGACGAAAUUACCGAAAGUACCGGUGGCUUCUGCGGUGGCUCUUACGUGGAUAAAGAAUUUAUAAAAUUUAUUGAAGGAAAAAUUGGAGAAAACGCAAUGAAGCAACUUAAACAAAAUAACUAUGGUCAACUUCAAUAUCUUGUUCAAGAAUUCUGUAAACGUAUUAAGCUUCCAUUCACCGGUAAUCCCGAUGACUUUAAAGAAUAUGAACUAGAUAUUGAAGAAGUUUGUCCCGUUCUGAAACAAUAUGUUCACGGAGUGGAAAGAACCAUAUUGGAGUAUGAUGAAUGGAUCAUCGCCAUAAGUUUUGACAGCGUGAAAGCAAUGUUUGACCCAGUGAUCGAAAAGAUUGUAAAAUUAAUCGAUGAUCAGAUAAGCAAGGAUGGCGAACUUAUUUCUUCAAUUUUCUUGGUGGGUGGAUUCAGUGAAUCAGCGUAUUUACAGACAAUAAUUAAAGAGGAAUUUUCUUCGCGAGUGCUAAAUAUUUCGGUGCCUGUACAACCGAUAGCCGCGGUGGUUAGAGGUGGAGUGGACUAUGGCUUGAACUUUAGUGUAAUUCGAAGUAGAGUAUUGAAAUACACUUAUGGUGUGCUGGUCAACCAAGUAUUUAGUUAUCUCACAGAUCCUAUAGAUAGAAAAAAAGCGGAUGGGAGAAUUUACAAGUUUUUCAGAAUGGCUACGAAAGGAAGUCAAGUUAAUGUCAACGAAGAAUUCUCUAACUUCUUUAAACCCUCUGUAGAGAGGGACACUAGCUUAAAAUUCUCAGUUUAUAUUACCACAGCUCAAAAUGCCACUUAUGUCGACGAACCAGGGAUGCAAUUACUAGGUGCUUUGACAAUUGAUUUGCCUGACCCAGAGUUGGGUUUCGAUAGAUUGGUUAGAUUUUCUUUAACCUUCGGGCAGAUGGAAAUUAGAGCAGAUGCAAAAAACGUUAAAACGGGUAGGAGCUAUGCAACUACUUUUGAACUGAACUUUUCGGACGAUUGA